AUGGGCAGACGUGGUCCUUGGCACCUACUGCUGAGCACUGGUGGAAUGGAGAGCAUUGCUAGUGAACAGGAUUUGACCAUCGUGGUACCUGUAUUUCUAAUUCUUCUGGGGGCUACAGCAACAUUGCAAGUGGAUUUACUUCCCGACAAAAAGCUUUUACUUCUACCACCUGUCAAUUUCACUAUUAAAGUUACUGGAUUAGCUCAAGUUCUUUUACAUUGGGACCCAAAUCCUAAUCGAGAGCAAAGGAAUAUUAAGCUCCAAUAUCAUGUGAAAAUAAACUCCCCACAAGAAGAUGAGUAUGAUACCAGGAAGACUGAAAGCAAAUAUGUGAUUCCCCUUCACGAAGGCUUUACAGCCAGUGUGCGGACCAUUUUGGAGAACAGUCACUCCUUCCUGGCCAGCAGCUGGGUUUCUGCUGAACUUAAAGCUCCACCAGGAGCUCCUGGAACCUCAGUUGUGAAUUUAACUUGCACCACAAACACUGCCAUGAAUAAUCGCACACACUUAAGGCCAUACCGAGUUUCUCUUCUAUGCACCUGGCUUGUUGGCAAGGAUGCCCCUGAAGACACACAGUAUUUCCUCUACUAUAGGUAUGGCUUUUGGACGGAAGAAUGCCAGGAAUACAGCACAGAUGCUCUGAACAGAAACACUGCAUGCUGGUUUCCCAGGACAUUUAUCAACAGCAAAGGGCUUGAGCAGCUUGCAGUGCAUGUUAACGGCUCAAGCAAGCAUGCCGCUAUCAAGCCCUUGGAUCAGCUGUUCUUCCUGCAUGCCAUCGAUCAAGUAAAUCCUCCGAUGAAUGUCACAGCUGAGAUUGAGGGAACUUCUCUCUCUAUCCUAUGGGAGAAACCCGUUUCUGCCUUUCCAGUCCAGUGCUUUGAUUAUGAGUUGAAAAUCUGCAACAUGAAGAAUGGUUACUUUCAGAUGGAAAAACUGACAACCAACAAAUUCAUCUCAAAAAUUGAUGAUGUCUCUACGUACUCUAUUCAAGUGAGAGCAGCUGUGAGCUCCACAUGCAGAAUGGCUGGGAACUGGGGCGAGUGGAGUCAACCUAUUUACAUGGGAGGUGAGCAGAAGCCCUUGGCAGAAUGGUUUCUCAUCCUGCUUCCAGCCACCAUCUGCUUCAUCUUGUUAAUUUUCUCACUCAUCUGCAGAGUGUGUCACUUAUGGACCAAGUUGUUUCCACCAGUUCCAGUGCCAAAGAAUAACAUCAAAGAUCUCUUAGUGGUGACCAACUGUGAGAAAACUGGUUCCAAUGAAACAGAAGUUGAAAUCAUAAGUUAUGUGAAAGAGCCUGGAUUUGAGAUCUUUGAAAAUUCCAUGUUUUGA